CCCGGGCCCACCAGCCUACUCUCCACUGCCGGCCUGACCUCGCUCCCAGCCCUGCUGCCCCGACUCUAGGCUCGGAGCUCAAGACCUCAGGAUGGGGGAUGAGGAGAAGCGCAACAGGGCCAUCACGGCCCGGAGACAGCACCUGAAGAGCGUGAUGCUCCAGAUCGCGGCCACGGAGCAGGAGAAGGAGAAGGCCCGCCGGGAGACGGAGAAGCAGAACUACCUCUCCGAGCACUGCCCGCCACUGCACCUCCCGGGCUCCAUGGCCGAAGUGCAGGAGCUGUGCAAGCAACUGCAUGCCAAGAUCGAUGCGGCUGAGGAGGAGAAGUACGACAUGGAGGUGAAGGUGCAGAAGAGCAGCAAGGAGCUGGAGGACAUGAACCAGAAGCUGUUCGACCUGAGGGGCAAGUUCAAGAGGCCCCCGCUGCGCAGGGUGCGCAUGUCCGCGGACGCCAUGCUCAAGGCGCUGCUGGGCUCCAAGCACAAGGUGUGCAUGGACCUGAGGGCGAACCUGAAGCAGGUCAAGAAGGAGGACACAGAGAAGGAGCGGGACCUGCGCGACGUGGGUGACUGGAGGAAGAACAUCGAGGAGAAGUCUGGCAUGGAGGGCCGGAAGAAGAUGUUCGAGACGGAAUCCUAGGCCGCCUGCCGCCCCCCCCCAACCCCAGUGCCCAGCUGGGGAGGCGCCCGACGCCCAGCCCAGCCCCAGGGGCAGCUGGCCUUGGCCUCGUGCCCGUGGUCAAUAAAGGAUGGAAACCCA